GUGAGGUGAUUAAGCGUUUCAGAGUUUCCCUGUGAUCCAGGUUUGUUUUACGUGUUUCCUUCCACCGUGGAUUGUGCUGACAGCUGUUGAGAUGACGCCGUGGAGAAGAGAAACGCGCCCACAGUGUUGUAUGAAACACGGGAAACAGCCAGACACGGAGAUCCGGAGCCCUGGAGCCCGAACCCGGUCGGUCCCAACCUGAACCUCCGUCAUGGGAGCCAUCGUUUCACAGAUCCUCUCCAUGUUCACCUCAAAGACUCCCGUCAGGAUUUUAAUGGUGGGUCUGGAUGGUUCAGGUAAAACCACUUUGCUGUACAAACUGAAGCUGGGCAAUGUGGUCACCACCAUCCCAACCAUCGGUUUCAACGUGGAGACGGUGGAGCACAGUAACGUCAGUUUCACAGUUUGGGAUAUUGGUUAUCAUCACAUGCUCAAACCGCUGUGGAGACAUUACUACCCCAACACGCAGGGUUUUAUUUAUGUGGUUGACAGCAGCGAUUCAGAGAGGAUUAAAGAGGCCACAGAAACUCUCCUCAUGCAGCUGGAGGAGGAUGAGCUGAGGGACGUUCCAGUUCUGGUUUUUGCUAACAAACAGGAUUUACCCAGAGCCAUGUCGGUCGAUGACAUCACAGAGGCUCUCAGCCUAUCAGGAGUCCGGCAGCCGUGGUUCGUCCAGUCGUCCUGUGCCGUCAGCGGCGCCGGUCUGGUGGAGGGGCUGGACUGGCUCUCCGACCAGAUCCUGAAGAAGUAGCUGCUGCUGAGAUGCUCUGAUUUCUGACGUUCCUGCUGAGUCUUUGAAGGCACCAGGCGGCCGCUGGCGCCGUUUACCUGGAGAAACCUGAAGGAUCUUCUGAGAAAACGUCCAAACCUGUAAAACUAUCGCACUUUUUCUCUGGAAAGAGACGACCAGAAACCAUUUUAUUUUUUUUUUAUCUUAAUUUGUUUUUGGAAUAAUUGAGAUAUUUACAUGACUCCUUUUUUUUCUAGGAAUUUUUCUGAUGAUUUUCUUGCUUCUCUGCACAACUUUGUGCUCUAACAGAUGUUAUUUUGGGUGUUUUUCCAACAAAUUUGAUGGCGGAUUCACAAAAAAACUGGAAAAAUAAACGUGCUUCAUUUCUCAGCAGAUAUUACAUUAAUAUCUUAUGAAACUUUGCAUUUAUUGUUAACUCUGAAUGUCAAUCAUUUGCUGUUAUUUUAUAUUGUCCUUGAUAGUUUCUUGCUUCAAACAUUCAACAUUUUGCACUUCCAAUCAGAUGUUUUUAUUGUUUUUACAAAUGUGAUGGUAAAUUCAUAAAUUCUUUUGAUUCUGUAUUUAUUGUAAAAUCUGUAAAUUAUUUACAAAGAGAUUUUAUAUUCUUAAAGUUUUCUUGCUUCUCUGCAGCUUUGUGCUCUAACAGAUUUUGUUGGUUGUUUUUAGAAUUUAAAUACAUUUAAAAAAUUAGAAAAAUAAACAGAUGUGCUUUAUUUUUCUACAUGUAUUUCACUGCUAUGAAACUGAUAAAAUCUGAGUCAAUUAUUUGCUGAGAUUUUUUCAUUCUCCUUGAUAGUUUUCUUGUUUCUAAAUGUUUUUCACAACCAGAUGGGUUUUUUUAAAAUAUGGAUUAUAUGGUAAUUUCAUCAAAAAAAGAGAAAAACAAACAUUUGUUUUAGUUUUUUUUGCAGAUAUUGCACUAAUAUCUUAAGAAACUAUUUAUUGUGAAAUUUGAAUGUCAGAAUAAUUUGAUAUCAUGAAAGAUGGAAGUAACUGAAUCAUUUUGUCUCAUUUUAAGAAACUAACAGCAAGGCUGGGAUGUAAAUAAAUAAAUAUCAACCAGCUUUUAAUGUCCACAAACCUUUUGUUUAUUUUUCUUUCCAAUAUUGGCAGAGGAAGGUGAACGUCCAAUCAAGAGGAAAUUUAAUCUUAAGAUACUUUACAUGCAGUUUAAAUAGAUGAAUAAAUGUAACAUUCAUUCCA